CCUAAAGUUUGCACUGCAGUGCAGUGCCUGCCUGCUUGCCUUCGGACCUCUUCGUCGACUCUCAAUCUUCGUCACAGUAAAUAUCAGGAAGGACAGCAAGUACUCCGCUCACUCCUCGCCCCGCCACCAGUCGCGCAUGCGUGGUGGUGUCCUCCUCCCAGCUCGCCGCCUGCAGCACGUGGACUUUGCGUGCGUCAGCGAUGAGGCAGGGAGUCGGACUUGGAGCGUUUCUGCUGCUGCCUGAGGCUGAGCACAAGGAGGAGGACAAGGAGCGGAGGAAGCAGGAAGGGGAUUCAAGUUAACGCAUAACAACAUAAAGCAGCAAGGAGGACAAGGUCUGUCUUGGAGAAAAUGGGAGGAAACCCUCAGAGAAGUGCCGCCUUCUGCCAGUGCCAAGUUCAGUCUAUAUUACCAGAGGACCACCACUGGAGCAGGGCUGGAAUUGGCUCAGGACCCUCCAGCUGCCCAAUGUACUACAUCUACAUACUAGAAGAACCCUGGAUAAAGGCUCUGCUGAUAUGCGUCAGGCCAUAAUGAAAUCUACAGGUGGCUCCCAUCCAUGGCCCUGGCAACCAUGGUUUUACGUAUCCGCGAUCUCUCAAGAAAUGAUUCCCUGCAGGAUAACAAAUUCAGCAAAAGAAACAGAACCCAGAGAAGCGGAAAAAUGGGACCUGAAGGACAAAGAAAAGCUCAGGUAUAGGAUGGUGGACCGUUACUGGUCCAACUGGCUGGUUGGGUACAUGGUGUACAUGGGGGUGUUAUUACAGAAAGAGCCACCACGGGGAGCAUCUAUGGAGUAUUUAGACAUCAUAUAUCAUGCCUACUCAGAAUACAGUGGGCCCACUUGGGCCCAUUACAACGAGGCAUUUGGCCAUGAACCUGGACUGGAGCUCCCUUGGGAUUGUUACCACAAACAACUCUGGCUGAGGAUCAUGGGUCCCAACCAGCUGGGGGGUGGGGAGUUCUCGGAGAGUGGACAUUUAAUAGUAAAAUUUGCUGCAGCACCCGCUAGGGGCCUGAUGCCCGGAUCAGUGGGCCAGUUCACCAGCCUUGGUGGGAAUUUGCACGCUGUCCAUGUUGUUUUUGGCAUGCCUGCACCAUUUGUGGAGGCCCACACUCCUUCAACUCCUGUACGAGGGGCCGCUGGCCCCAUACUGGCCCAAAAGAUGGGCCUGCUGCUAGGAAAAGGGGAAACCCCUCUACGGAAAAGGGGACCUAGUCCCAUAAGGUUGGGCCCCCUGUUGCAGCUUCUGCAGCACUACCCAGUAGUUCAGGAUAUGGGCUGCCUGGGGGAGGGGUUCCAAUAGGGUUUCAGGAUCUCUUAUCAGGGUCCUAGGGUAGGGUAGGUUGUUGGGCAGAAAAUUUGCAAUUGGUGAAGGGGUUGGAGCAGAUUGUAAAGGCCAAAAUCGAUAAAGAGGUACAGGAAGGACAUGUGCUGGGCCCCUUCUGUGAGCCACCCUUACCCAGCUUUAGUGUUUUCCCCCUGGGGGUGGUGCCUAAGAAGGCAAGAGGGGAAUACCGUUUGAUACAUCACCUCUCCUUCCCUGUGGGCGGAUCAGUAAAUUAUGCCAUACCCCACCAGCUGUGUUCUGUGAAGUACACAAAUUUUGAAGCAGCAGUGGAGAUGGUCCAGGUGCAGGGGAGGGGCGCAUUGAUGGGAAAGUGCGACAUCAAGUCAGCCUUCAGGCUCCUGCCAAUUCACCCAGAUGAUUUUGACCUCCUGGGUUUUGCUUUUGGAGGUGGUUAUUACAGGGAUAGGGCCCUGCCCAUGGGGUGUUUCAUCUCCUGUUCCGUCUUUGAGAGCUUCAGUUCCUUCAGAGGUUGGGGCUGCCUCGGUGGUGCAUUAUGUAAAUGACUUCCUUUUUUCCAUCCCGGGGUCUUCAUCGACCUGUGAAUACCUUAUGCACAAGUUCCAUGAUCUGGCACAAGAACUGGGUGUGACAUUGGUGCCGGAAAAAAUGGAGGGCCCAACCACUCAGCUGGCCUUCUUCAGAACUGAAAUAGAUACAGUGGCCCAAUGCAGCCGAUUGCCACCAGAGAAGGUCUUUGCCCUGGAGCAGCACAUGGGGCAGCUGCAAGACACCAGGAAGGAGGGAGUUGCAGGUCAUAGUGGGACACUUGAACUUCACAUGCAGGGUAAUUGCACCUGGCCGUGCUUUCCUUCAGGGGCUCUGUGAUGCCACUAGAGGGUUUAGGGCCCCUCAUCACUGGGUGCGCGUGACCCACAAACUUAGGGAGGACACCAGGAUGUGGGUGGAAUUCCUAAAGGAAUGCAAUGGUAUCUCACUCUGGCGCUCCAAAUUCUUGCUGGAAGCUGAACUGCAGGUUCAGUCUGAUGCAGCAGAUGGGCACGGUUUUGAUCUCUUCUUCCAGGGGAGGUGGUGUGCAGCCAGGUGACCCUCGAAUUGGGAGAGAAUGGAGGCGACCCGGGAAAUGACGUUCCUUGAAUUCUUCCCUAUAGUCCUCGCAGUGCACAUCUGGGCCAGAGAUUUCAAAGAUCGGGCCAUGCAGUUCUGGUGUGCUAACAUGGCCACCAUGCAGGUUAUCAACUUAGGGACCUCUAGGAGUCCCUGGGUAAUGUUCCUGGUGCGUGGCUUCACACUGCAAUGCCUGCGCCACAAUAUUCCUUUUGCUGCAAGACACGUGCCCAAGCUGGAUAAUAGCAUCGCGGAUGUGCUGUCUCAGAUGCAGGAGAAGUGCAUUCCAACCCUCGCCCCAGCAGCCAGGGAACUCCUCGAAGACUUUUCCGCCCAUCUAUGGAGCCUUGGAUUCUAGAGGCCGAGGAGGCCAUUUGCCUUUCCUUGGCACAUAGAACAAGAGUGUGCUAUGGAGCAGCGGUCUGUGAGUUCCACAUGUUCAGGGCAGCUACAGGUCUGGGUAACCUAUUGCCUAUCCCGGUGGAGCAUGUAGUGCACUAUAACAUCCACCUUCAUGGAUGGGGCUUGGCGCCGGGGUCCAUCGAAGGCAGGCUGGCAGCCCUUGCCUUCCAGGCAAAACUGGGGGGAUACAGAGACUCCACUGCUGACACUGCAGAAUGCUCGAGGCAUGGGCACGGGAACACCCCUCUCUCCCAGAUUCAAUGGUCCCUCUGGAUCCAACAACCCUGCAAUAGCUGCUGCCAGAUUUUAAUUAUACUUGUUUUUCAAACUUUGAGGUCCAGCUGCUUAAGGCCUCCUGCCUAGUGGCCUUCUUCGGUGUAUUGUGAAUCAGUGAGCUGGUCACUGCUU